AACCAAGAAGCUGAUCUUACAAUACAUACAUGUGCACUUUGCUUCCGCAUUCACAUUCGGAAUCUUGCUACCUACACACGCAUUUGUCGUCUCGCCCACCGAGUACGUUCAACAUGGGCUGUGGUCAAUCAUCGUUUUGCGUACACGGCGACGAAAACAAUGGUAACCGUAACAAUACCAACUGUACAGGUUGCAAGGAUUGCCAAAACUGCACGGAUUGCAAAGACUGCACAGGGUGUCGAAACUGCACCGACUGCAAUGAUAGUAGCAGCUGCCACAACUGUACCGGAUGUGAUAACUGUGAAGACUGUAACAACUGUGUAGAUUGCAACGACUGCACAAAUUGCUCCAACUGCACCGAUUGCACGGGUCUCAAGGACGCGCACAAUGAAACAGGCGUACACAAGUAAUUUGAAGUGAUGGUGAACAUUGUAAGCGGACAUCUGGAGCCGGUAGUCUUGGACAUGUCUUACGAGUAAUGGCAAUAAAUUUCAUCUAUACAGUGUCCCAAGA